AUGCUGCGCGCUUCAGCCAUCAAUGCUACCCGCACCUUGACACGACCCAUACGUGUUUCUUCACGACGAUAUCAUCCUCUGGCAACCCAAUGGUCCUCACCACCUUCUGCUAACCUCGUCCCCAUAGUCAUAGAACAAACUGGACGUGGCGAGCGAUCGUAUGAUAUCUUCUCGCGGCUCCUUCGAGAGCGCGUAAUCAUGUUAUAUGGGCCCAUAAACGACAACGAUUCUGCUCUUACCGUUGCGCAGCUGUUGUUUUUGGAGGCUGAGGAGACCUCGAAGCCUAUUCACCUCUAUAUUAAUUCUCCGGGGGGUAGCGUCACUGCAGGUCUCGCUAUCUAUGACACCAUGCAGUACGUUUCGUCGCCCAUACACACAUACUGUGUAGGGCAGGCAUGCUCCAUGGGUUCCUUGCUUCUUGCUGCAGGUGAAAAAGGGAAGCGGCAUUGUCUCCCCAACGCCAGUAUCAUGAUACAUCAACCGUCUGGGGGUGCUUCCGGUCAAGCGUCGGACAUUGCUAUCCAUGCAAAGGAGAUUCUCAGAGUCCGUCAAUUACUCACUUCGAUUUACCAGCGGCACUGCAAUAAAGAGGGCGAGAGUGAAGCCAACGCACUAGAGCGCGAUUAUUUCAUGACAGCCCGAGAAGCAUUAGACUUUGGCAUCGUCGAUGGAAUUCUAGAAAAGCGACCAGCAACUGAAGCCCUGCCAUCGAAGUAA